AUGGCAGAGGAACAUGAUUCCAACGAGAAGCCGCAAGGCUCCAACCAGCUUUCGGUUUCCACGACAACUCUGUAUGGCUCCUGGAAUGGCAUUGACCGGCGUAAAUGUCAUCGCGUCGUACCCCUACGCAUCCUAGCCUUCGGCCCAUCGAGGAGCGGAACGAGUUCUCUACGCAUAGCCCUCGACCAGCUUGGCUUUGGACAUGUCUACCACUACACCUCACUGCUCACGAUCAAUCCACGAGACGCAGAGAUGUGGAACGAGGCGUGGGACACACAUCAUAACCACGUGCCCGGCACAAAAUUCGAGCGUCAGGACUGGGACCAACUGCUCGGACACUGUGGUGCCGUCACGGAUGUUCCAUCCUGCCUAUUUAUCCGCCAGCUUCUCGAAGCCUAUCCAGAUGCCCAAGUCAUCCUCACCGUCCGCGACAAUCCGGAGCAGUGGUGGCGUAGUAUGCAGCGUACCGUUAUUCCUUUAUGGGAGCGAUUCUACUUCGAGCCUCCCCGAUCAUGGUCCAGCUAUUUCUACCGCAAACUUUUCUUUCUCGGCUGGCCGACUUCUUCGCGCACUCGAAUCGAUCAACGUAUGGCGAACGGCGCGGAAAUGUAUCAGUCCUUGCGUGCUGAUCACAUACAUGGAACGCGGACGGCUUUGGAUUGGUUGAGGCGACAUGAGGAGGAGGUCAAAUCGCUCGUGCCACCUUCGAGGCUGCUAGUUUUCAAUGUGAAGGAGGGCUGGGAACCGUUGUGCCGAUUCCUUGAUGUCCCAAUUCCUGCCGAAGAAGUGCAGUUCCCUAUUGCCAACUCCGAAUCCGAAUGGGACCGCACGGUGGGGCCAUUCUACAUCGUCGCGGAUGUCGUCGUAUAUGGCAAGGCUGCAGCUCUCGCAGUUGGGUUAGCUUUUCUGGCGUCGUGGUGUAGAAAGAUCAUGUAG